AUGUCGGUUGACGGAAGAGAACAAAGACAAAAAUUCACCCAAUCAAACAAACCAAUCAAUAUUGAUCCAUUCACUAUUCCUCAAAUCUUCUGCACCUUUUUCACAGCAUCUUACUUCACAAAUAAGUAUGUCCUGUCUAUCUUAAAGUUUACAUUCCCAACCAUUUUUCAGGGUUGGCAGACCUCCACUGGGGCUCUAUUGCUACUGGUUACAUGGAAACUGGGCUGGGUUGAAAUCAAUGGCUUUUCCAGAUCUGCAGCUUUUUCCCAGCUUCCUGGGUGCUUCUUAUUUAUUGGUAACAUUUAUGCCGGGUCCAGAGCACUGUCACUUUUGCCCAUUCCUUUUUUCUUCGUGUUUCAAAAUGUCUCAGAAGUCUUUGCUUUUCUCAUCAGAACAGCAGCUCACAGAGAGAAACCACCAUGGAUGAAAUUAAUAAGUGUGUGUAUGUUGUUGGGAUCUGCCAGCAGCCUUAUGCUAUACAAUCCCCGGUUUGGUCCCAGUGGCUACACAUGGGCAUCCAUCCAUCUGUUGUGUGUCGGUGCAUAUAAAGUAUUCCAGAAGAACACAAAGACAAUCCUUCUGAGUGAUCUUGAAGAGCAGUUCAUCAAUUACAUGACCAGUGCAUUGUUACUUGCCUCUCUUGCAUACUCGACAGGUGAUCUAUCCGGUGCCUUAGAUUUCCCUCUCCUGACUUCAUACAGGUUCUAUAUUGGCUGUUUAGGCAGCGCUAUAUUCAGCUUUUGUCUAAUGUUGGCAACCGUGAAAUUGAAGGGCAGUCUGUCUCAGGAGCACUGUGGCAUAUGGUUCUUCCUGGCUAAGAUACUGGCAUCAGGUCUUUCCCUUUUACUUUCCACAUUCCACGCUGUGCUCAGCCCCGUGACUCUGUGCUGCAUCAUCCUGAACUAUGCUGGGGAGGCCUUGUUUUUGUAUUCAGACAGAUUUCAAUAAGUUUGUUGAAGAAUAUGGCCAGUGCCUUAGAAGAUUUUCUUGACCAAAGACAAUUGCCUCAAUGAGAUUAUUUUCACCUUUUUUCCUUUUUUUUCCCCCUUAUUAUUUUGAGUUGCAUAUGGAAGCUUGUUUCUGCCACAAGAUUAAAAAAAAAAACUUUUUAUUUUAUUACACAAUUCUGACUCUUUUCUUGUAGUUUUGAGUUUAUAUUUCACAAUUCUGUUAAAACAAAUUUGAGAAAGAAGUAAAAAUUGCGAGAUGUUAACUAGGUAUAAACUUUGAUAAAGUCUGAUAUGUGAGAUAAAAAGUCACAUUUACCUUUUUUUAUUUUUGAUUCUGUGGUGAAAAUAAAAUGUAAACUCAGAAUUGAGAGAAAGUCAAAACAUCUCACUGAAUUCUGACUUUUGUUUUCGGAAUUGCAAGAAAAAAAAUCAUAAUUGUGAGAAAGUCUCUGCAAGAAAAAAGUGAACUGUGAGAUGAAAAGUCACAGUUACCUUUUUAUUUUUUAUUCCAUGGUGGAAACGUGCCUCCAUAGUUACAUGUUAAACCAGAAAUAGGAGGACAAAAAGCAGGUGUUUACCAUUUACAUUAAUUCUUUUAGUCCUACAUUUUAAUUUGGCCAGUUUAUUGUAGUCACUUGAUUUAGAUUUUCUGUUUUGCACUUUGCAUUUGUAAUUGCUAUUAGUGUUCGACCUUUUGCACAUCAUUGUCCUGCAGUGUUUACUCUUGAGAGUCCUGGAUCAUAUCCUGAAGACUGUCACACCGUACAUCAGUACUCUGUAUGAGAACCAAUAAGAUAGCAUUGGUACAUGAGCCCUCUGUAACUCUCAUAUAGGUUUUAAAAAAUAUUUUUACAUAAUGGCAGUCACCAUAAACAAGUUAGUGUUAUUUAUAAAAGAUGUUUGUUGCCCAUGUUUAACAUUAUUCAUAAUUAUUGCAGGUUCAUUGACGGUUAUAAUAUUUUUUUAAGGGUAUCUGGGUUUUUCAAAUAUAGAAAUAACUCCCAAAACUGAGUCCUGCAAAAAGUAUUUUGAUUAUUCUGUUUGAGCCGAUCGACAUUUACUGUAUUUUGGAGCCACAUUUAAGAUAUUGUAUUUCUAAAGCUUCUAUAUGUAUUCAAUUAUGAAAUAACUUUUCUUUGAAUCAGUUUUUGCAAUACUAAAUAAAAGAUUUUCAUUGACCAUC